CUGACCCUCGGAUUGUGAUAAACAGCAGCUCUUUGCGGAACCUGGUAGAGUCAGCCUUGGUGAUUUGUUUGACUUCUCACCUGAAUUCAAUUGAAACUGAUUGCAAGCUGCUCCUGGUUUUAAGUAGCAUCAGCAGAGCCUCCUGUGGUGCUCAUCACACUUAUAUAUCUCAUUUAAAGGCUUUUGAUUGUCUCUCUGUAAUUUUGCCGAGUCGGUUUCAGCUGAAGUUGGUGCAUGAGCUGAGUUAACAGACAGUUGGAGACACAUUGUUUCAAGAUGAGCACAUUUAUUGAUCUGGCUGCAGAAGAAAGUGUCUAUCAGCCUGAGGACAUGGAACUGACAUGUACUACACCUCCUUUCAGCUCUCCACCCAAGCAGAGUGAAGUGAAUGGUGGUUCAGAGCAGCAGACCAUGAGAGUUUACCUCAGAGUCAGGCCUUUCUCUAAAGACGAACGGUUGAACGAUGAAGACCAGGAUUGUGUGGUGAUUGAAAACAGCCAGAUGGUGACACUAAAUGCACCGAAGGGUUCUGCCACCCUGAAGAACAGCGACAAGACCAUCCACAAAUUCUCCUUCUCACAGAUUUUUGGACCGGAGAUGUCACAGGCAGAGCUAUAUGAGGACACAGUCCAAAGCCAAAUGUCGGAGUUCUUGGAUGGGAAGAAUGCUCUGAUAUUCAGUUAUGGUGUAACCAAUGCUGGAAAAACCUUCACAAUCCAAGGAACCCAGAAAGAUCCGGGAAUACUCCCCCGGGUGCUGGACGCCACCUUUCACCAUAUCGGAGGUGACCAGUAUGAGGGGAUGGACCUGAAGCCCUACCUCAGGAAUGACGUACAAUAUCUGGAUCCUGAUCAAGUCAAGCAGGAGAGAAGUGCCAAAGCAGCCAUUUUUGCUUCAGUCAAAGAGGAGUAUGAUUAUCUCAGAGUCAGCAAUGGAUCCGGGUCCCUACCUUGUGCUUCCACCUCUCUGUCAUACAAUCAAACAGUGUUGACAAGCGAUCCAACAGAGGCCAACAUCAGCCAGUUUGCUUUGUGGGUGGCGUUCUUUGAAAUCUACAAUGAGUGUGUGUAUGAUCUGCUUCAGCCUUCCCUGUGCACCAAGUCCAAGAAACGCUCAGCUCUCCGUGUGUGUGACGACGGUGCCGGAAAUGCUUACGUCAAAGACGUUAGAUGGAUCAACAUCCAGAGCCUGGGCGAAGCCUACAAACUCCUGCAGUUUGGGAACAAAAACAGAAGUGCCGCAGCUACUAAGAUGAAUCAGUCCUCCAGUAGAAGCCACAGCAUAUUUUCAAUGAAGUUACUCAAGAUUGACAGUGGUGCAGUUAAAAGAAUGUCAGAGUUUUCUCUGUGUGACCUGGCCGGCUCAGAAAGGUGCAACAAAACCAAGACCUUUGGAGAGAGGCUCAAGGAGGCGGGAAAUAUCAACAACUCCCUGCUCAUUCUUGGGAAGUGCAUCACUGCACUGCGUAACAAUCAGACCGAACGACUAAAAAGCAGCUACAUCCCCUUCCGAGAGAGCAAGCUCACCAAACUCUUCCAGGCUUUUUUCUGUGGCAAAGGACGAGCUUCAAUGAUAGUCAACAUUAAUCAGUGUGCUUCCACCUACGACGAGACUCUCCACGUUAUGAAAUUCUCUGCCGUUGCCAAACAGGUGGUGCAGAUGAUCCCAGACAAACCUCUGGUAUCUCUGGCUCCCUGUAUGGUCGGUCGUGAUGGCAAACCUCUGGUGAGGAAUGGAGUGAUCGAUGACCAGGCCCUGGAAGGUUACCUGUCUGAAGACGAGCUGCUUGACGAAGAGGACGAGGCCGACAUGUCUCUGCUGCCACAGAAUGAGCUUGUGAAUAUGAUCGACAGCCUCCGAACAAAACUCUUGGCCGAGAGAAGAAGAAACCUGGUGCAGGAAAUGGAGAUUCGUAAGGAAAUGGGAGAUGCAAUGAUCCAGCAGAUCAUGGAGAGUGAAGAACUCCACACUCGACAGAUCGAGGAGUUGAAGGAGCGCUACCAAGAAAAGCUGGAGGACACAUUUGAGAUGUACAAGGACGCUAUCAAAGAGCACGCCUACCAGAGCGCCAUGAACAACCUGGAAGAUGACUAUGUUCCUCUGGAUGAGUUCAUCACUGAACAGGAGAAAGUAGAGGCACUAAGACGUAAGGUGUCCGAGUUGGAGAUGAGAGGAGCAUCUGCAGUUCCAUCAGUGGACGAGUCUUGCCAGACUGAAUCGCCUAAAGUACCAGAAGCAGAAGGGAACGAUCGAUACAAACGGCUUUACAAAGAAAAAUGCGCCAUCGAGAUGAUGUGUGAGGAUAAACAACAGCUGAUUUUGUCCCUAGAGAGAAGGCUGAUGGAGCUAAGUGAAACACUGAAGAAGGUCAGAGAUAGCUUCCUGGAGAAAUCUGCUGACCUGGAGGCUCUGCAGAGGAAGUCUGAUGACAAGAUUGCUGAGAGGGACCUUGAGAUUGCCUCACUAAAGGCAGAACUGGAAAAGCUCAAAUCCCCUUUGCAGCCCAAGGUGAAGCGAGGUCUGCUCGCCAACAUCAAGGAGGCUGUUACUUCUCCACGGAAGGGAGGGUCCGGCAGAAUCCUCAGGAAAACAGUUAAGACUGUACAACACUGACAUUUUAAUUUAAAUAAUGGGUUUUUGGGGGUACUUGUUAAAAGAAUCCCCAUCUGAGAAACGGUGCCUCUCCUUUUUUUUAUGUUUUUAAUUGAGUUGUAAUGUUUGUUUUAUUGUAUUUAUGUAUAAUAAAAAAAGUCUGACUUUGAGGCAUGGAGUUGUUUUCUUU